CUUGGGUUUGUUUGCCAGUGCGCAUCAUUCCCCGACUCACCGCCAAUCGCUCGACUGCACACAACACGAGGAUUGACAGACUGACUACCCAUGGGCAAUACAUGCAUGCCCGCCAAGUAUUCCAAGGGACGUCUCCCCAAGGCAUCGCACACUGACGACGAUGACUCGUUCACGCGAGACAAACCCAUGAUAAGCACGACGUUUUCAGACCCGGCAGCUCCAAACCCUGCCGACGCCACCAUCAACUCGUUCAAGGACUACAGUCCUUCUCGCCCACUGUCGAUCCGCGGUACUACUCCAUCGGCAACCGUCGCCGACGCCAUUCGAAGCCUUCGUGACUCGGCAGAUCUGAAGACACUGUCGUCGCUUGUGGCGGUGACCCACCAACCGGCUCGGUCGCGCAAGUAUUCUCUCCUGUCCAGUGACGUCCCCGUCCUUCCUCACCCGUCAUCACGUGUGUCCAAAGCCUCCCCCGAUGCUGCCGUACUCAGUACGUCGCAGCGAUCACUAUCGCCAGUUAUGUGUGUGACCAGAACCACCCACGCCACCUCUCACGCCAACAUCCGCGAUAUCCAAGCCAGCUCCCACGACACGAUUCGCCAAACCAAAGAUAACCUCGACCUCUUGCGACAGAUCCAAGCCAUGCACGACGAAGCCGGUCGGUCCAGCCACGCGCCUUCUUCGUCGUCUACCGGGAGUCAGUCCCGCAAGACUUCCAUUGCCAGCGACACCAACGCUCCGUCUACGAUUCUCUUCCCAGGACAGUUUGCACCCCCCUUGCUGCCACCCCGACGACCAUCAUCAUCGGCGGCGUCGUCGGCGUACACCGCGUCAGUGAACGGCCCUAAUGCACCGCUAGUACAUUCGCCGACUCCUUCAUUUGGCAUGUCGUCUGCGCCCAUCGUGGUGUCUCCGAUGCCAAGGACGUCGACGCCCCGAGAAAACGUUGAGUCGUCCAGCUCAGUGUACAUGGUUGACAGCCGAGAUCAUCGCCUCCGACGGAUAAGCGGCGACAGUGGCAUCCCUCUACUCAGUGACCGCGGCGAAGAAGCCACCGAAGGCCACAAGCCGUCGCUGUGCUACUCGUCCCCUCGGUCAUCUUGCCCGGUGAUCGACAUGCCCAACGACUCGUUUGCGUUGUCCCCGGCGCAGUCGGCUCGGUCGAGCCAGUCGUUCUCCAUGAGCCCGCGCCCCCAUUCGUACAACUAUGCCGUUCGCCCCACCGCGCUGAGUUUGGAGUCGAUUCGGUUCACCCGAACGUCUGGUGGCGACAUGCGGGACACGGCCUUCUCGUUUGGCGGCGACUACCGAGACACAAGGACGUCCAUGGCGUCCGAUUCGGGCUUGUAUCUGUAGGUGCUGUCGGGGGUAUGUGUAGUCCAUGCCGCCUUUAAGUUAUUGUAUCCAUUCGACUAUCGGUG